GGGUUUUGUUACCUUAAACCCUGAUCUCUACUCGAAUCUAUCCCUACGAGCACACACCAGCCACACACAGCCGCCCCAGCCACACACAGCCUGUGCCGCCGGCGCAUUCUCCUCCUCUCUGCACAUAUCAGGUGUUCAAAAAAGAUUUUUGUAUUUGUAUUUCAAUUUGAUUGCUGGAAAGUCACUUUGCACGGAGAUAAACUUGGUUCAAAAAGGUUGGAUUAUGACUUUAGUGAUGAUCCUUCUACUUUAGUUUUUUUAAAUUAUCGAUAACUGGAACAACACAAGCAGAGGACAUGGCAAAUCAGCCAAAAAAUGAAAACCAGCAAGCAACAAGUUCCCCCACACCUAUCCAGAAAACUGAGGGUCAAAUAGCCAGUGGCAUGUCACCUGUGGGCUUGAUAGAUUCAUUGGAAAAACAGUAUCAAAAAAUCAAAGAGAAUGCAGAAACUUAUCCUUAUGUAUGGGCUUCUUAUAUUCUUGUAUAUGGUGGCUUUGGUCUCUGGACUGCUUAUAGAUGGAGAAGGCUUCGCAAAACAGAAGAAAGAGUACGAGUUCUUCAAGAAAGACUGCGUCAGAAAAUUGAAGCUGAAAAAUCUGCUAAUUCUACCAAAGUGGUUGAAAAGGGUUCUACAUCAUCUGAAAAGCCUUCCAAUUAGCCUACAGUCACAAUAAUCCUUACAAGGGCCAGGUAGUCUAGUUUCCUGGGGCAUGAAAUAAGAUUUUUUUUGGCUCCUCUAAACAACUGAAUCAUUGGAGGAAGUUCUCAACUAUAUUAAGCUUUGUAGAAAUUGUUAAAAAUUAUAUCUGAUAUUUUUCUUUCCAAAGUUCUGUGAUGUCUUUAUUUUACACAAUCAUUGGAAGCA